ACAAGGCUUCAUCCUUCAUUGGAAUUUCUGAUUUGCUCUUAAAUGGCGUUUUUGGAGCACGAUGCAUGGAGAGUUGUAUCGGUUCUCUUCUUGGUCUCUUUGAAUUUGUCGCGGAGCUCGGUUCUCGGAGCUCCUCAAGUCCCGUGUUUCUUCAUCUUCGGAGACUCGCUCGCCGAUGACGGCAAUAACAACAAUCUCCCUACCCUGGCCAAAUCGAAUUAUCCACCUUAUGGGAUCGACUUCCCUGGUGGCGCUGCCACCGGAAGGUUUACCAACGGCCUCACCUCCGUCGAUAUCAUCGCUCAACUCCUCGGGUUCGACAAGUUUAUUCCACCCUUUGCCACCGCAAGAGGCAAUGACAUACUCCAAGGUGUGAAUUAUGCAUCCGGUGCAGCCGGCAUUCGCGAUGAAUCGGGACAGCAACUGGGCGAUCGAAUAAGCUUGAACCGUCAGUUGGUAAAUCAUUUCUCGACGGUCUUGCGCAUAAAAGGAAUACUGGGGAGCAAUGUUUCGGCUUACUUGAACAAAUGCAUAUACUCGGUGGGAAUGGGGAGCAACGACUAUAUUAAUAACUACUUCAUGCCCGACAUAUACCCGACUAGCAGGAUAUACACGCCCGAGCAGUACGCCGAUGUACUAAUCAAGCAAUACAAACGACAGUUGAAGACAUUGUAUCUCUAUGGAGCGAGGAAGGUGGCAGUUAUGGGACUGGGUUUGAUAGGAUGCACCCCCGCAGAAAUAUCAAAAUUCGGCACGAAUGGCUCGGCGUGCGUCGACAAGAUCAACAAUGCUGUUAUCCUGUUCAAUAAUCGGCUCCAACCGCUAGUAGAUGAAUUCAAUAGCAACCUCUCGGAUGCCAAGUUCACCUAUAUAAACAACUUCGCCAUCUCAACCACUGGUCCUGGAACAGCUGGCCUGAUUUCAAAUUCAACCUGCUGUGAAGUGGACAAGGAACUAGGCACUUGCGUUCCCUUCAAAACUCCAUGCUCGAACAGGUCGUCCUACGUGUUCUAUGACGCAUUCCAUCCCACGGAGGUAGUGAAUUUGGGGUUGGCCGCGAGAUCAUACAAUGCUUUGCUUCCGUCCGAUGCCUCCCCUUAUGACAUACGCAGACUCGCGAUGAUCUACAUUUCCCAUUUCGAAAUGGCAUUGUCGUUCGAGCGCAACAGAGCUUGGAGAGUUGGUCUAUCCGUUCUCUUCUUGAUCUCGUUGGAUUUGCGAAGCGGGGCACUCGGAGCUCGUCAAGUCCCGUGUUACUUCAUCUUCGGGGACUCGCUCGCCGACAACGGGAACAACAACAAUCUCGAGACUCGGGCCAAAGCAAACUAUCCGCCUUACGGGAUCGACUUCCCUGAGGGCGCGACCGGAAGGUUCACCAACGGUCGCACCACCGUUGACAUCCUCGCUAAACUCCUGGGGUUUGACAAAUACAUUCAACCCUUUGCUACUGCAAAAGGCUGCGAGACACUCGCCGGCAUGAAUUAUGCGUCCGGUGGGGCGGGCAUUCGAGAUGAAACGGGACAGCAACUGGGCGAUCGGAUCAGCUUGAGCCACCAAUUGCAAAACCAUUUGGUCACGAUCUCGCGGGUCAGAGAAAUGUACGGAGCUAAUGCUACGGCAUACUUAAACAAGUGCAUAUACACGGUAGGAAUGGGAAGCAACGAUUACAUCAACAACUACUUCAUGCCAGGAGUCUACCCGACCAGCGAGCUUUACACGCCGGAGCAAUACGCCGAUGUACUAAUCGAGCAAUACGGACAACAGUUGAAGACACUUUAUUCCUACGGAGCAAGGAAGGUGGCAAUAUUUGGAUUAAGUGUGAUAGGCUGCGCCCCAGCCGAAAUAUCAAGAUUUGGGACCAAUGGAUCUCUGUGCGUCGACAAGAUCAACAGCGCAGUUAUGUUAUUCAACGACAGGCUCAAACCCCUCGUGGAUGAACUGAAUCGAAACCUGGCCGAUGCUAAGUUCACCUACAUAGACUUUUUCGGAAUCGCCACAGCUGGACUUCCAGCUCUCCGGCUUGCAAGUUCAACCUGUUGUAAGGUCCGGGAGGAUGGCACCUGCAUUCCCUCCGAAACGCCAUGCCUGAUCAGGUUGCUGCACGCCUUCUACGACGGGUUCCACCCCACGGAGACGGUGAAUUUGGUGUUCGGGGCAAGAGCUUACAAGGCUUUGCUUUCUUCUGAUGCUUACCCUUUCGAUAUUCAUCAUCUGGCACGCUCUGAAGAAGGAAACAGAGAGAUUAAACGCUCGUGUGUGCUUAUUAAGUCGAUGCGGUUUCAGUUGAUAUCGGUCCAGUUGUUCGGUAGAAUCUCCAAGACAGUUCGACAGACUCUCAUUCAUGUCGGUAUCACAUCUGUCCAAAGAAAAUGUUCCACGCCAUGA